CCGCGCGCGUGCCUUUUUAUCCAAUCAAAAUUGUUUUAACGGAUUAUUCUCGACCAGAAACCCCUUAAACACUGCCGUGCUAAUUCUAUGUUGACUUAUACAAUUGGACGGCGGGGGCCUUUCCGCGGCCCUUCACCACCACCGAGCCGGGGGAGGCGGAGAAGGAGCGCUCAGCUUGGCUCCUCGCCUCAGCUGCCGGCUGGGCCGCCCCCUCAGCCAGCAGCAGCAGCAGCAGCAGCAGUAGGAGGCCGGCGGCCCGGGCGAUGGCGGCGGCCAGCGGGGUGGCGUCGCGCCUGCUUCGGCAGGAGCAGGAGCUCCGCGGGCUGGCGGCCGACAUCGCGCGCCUGAAGGAGCCUGAGCUUGGCGGCGGCCUCCUCCUUCUCCUGGCCCCGCUGGAGGCGGCGGCCAGCCCGGAGCUGCAGGCGCUGCGGGCCGAGAACGAGAAGCUCCGCUACCGCCUCCUGCACCUCCGCCGCAGCCUGGCGGCCGAGCUGGCCCGCGGCGGGGACCACCCGGCGCCGCCGCCAAUUGCGGGAGGAGGCCCGGAGGAGGAGCUUCACUGUGCAAACUUAAUUGCUUUCCAGAGUAAACCUAAAAGGGAGAAGGAGGAAAACCAAGAUGGCAGUGGAUGUAAAAGCGAGCUACAGCAGGAGCCAGGUUUCAUCAAAGAUAGGCUGAAGCUAUAUGAAGCACUGAAGAAGGAACAUGAUGCGCUUCUUGAUUCCAGAGCAUGCAACCAAAGCAGGAGUAUCAAGAUUACUCUUGCUGAUGGGAAGAAGAUGGAAGGGGAAUCUUGGAAAACAACUCCACAUCAGAUAGCUCUAGGAAUCAGUCGAGGUCUUGCAGAUAAUGCUGUCAUCGCCAAAGUGAAUGGCGAACUGUGGGACUUAGAUCGUCCGCUGGAGGGAGACUCUGCUUUGGAGCUGCUCAUGUUUGACAGUGAAGAAGCUCAGGCUAAGACCUUCGGACUCCUGGCCAUUAGGGAGAGAUCCGCCCAUCAGCGCCUGUUCCCACCAAAAACUCGGGACUGCACAAAUCCUGUAAGGAAAAUGGCGGAUGUAUCAGAUGACCUCGCUGGCACCUGUAGGACACAGCGGUCCUCUCUGUCGCCAGAUACCGCAGUUGGGCGUGCAGGAGGAGGACUGCCUCAGCGAGUAUUGGGGCCGCGCCGAAAGGAACGUCAGCAGGAGUGGCCGCCCCAGAGCCUGUCGGAAUCAGAUGGGGAAGACGUGCAGGAUGAUGAGGCAGGCGGUGCUGAGCCCGUGGACGGGGCGUCGGAGCACCCAGAAGGCCAUGAACAGCUCCCCUCGGUUUAUUGGCAUUCUAGUGCACACAUUCUUGGAGAAGCCAUGGAAAACUUUUAUGGAGGAUGCUUGUGUUAUGGACCUCCCAUUGAGAAUGGGUUUUAUUAUGACAUGUGUAUGGAAAACAGAGGUGUAUCUAGUACAGAAUUCCCAACACUGGAGAACAUAUGUAAAAAUAUCAUAAAGGAGAAGCAACCUUUUGAAAGACUAGAAAUCCGCAAAGAAAUCCUUCUGGAUAUGUUUAAGUAUAAUAAGUUUAAAUGUCGAAUCCUUAAUGAGAAGGUUGACACAGCAACAACAACAGUGUACAGGUGUGGUCCAUUAAUUGAUUUAUGCAGAGGCCCUCAUGUGAGGCAUACUGGAAAAAUCAAGGCCUUAAAGAUUUUAAAGAACUCCUCCACGUAUUGGGAGGGAAAGGCCAACAUGGAAACUCUGCAGAGAAUUUAUGGAAUCUCGUUCCCCGAAAAUAAAAUGAUGAAAGAAUGGGAGAAGUUCCAGGAGGAAGCCAAAAACCGGGAUCACAGAAAAAUUGGCAAGGAACAAGAACUCUUCUUCUUUCAUGAUCUGAGUCCUGGUAGUUGCUUCUUUCUCCCCAGAGGUGCUUUUCUUUAUAAUACACUUAUGGAUUUCAUCAAAGAGGAAUAUCAUCGGCGUGAUUUUACUGAAGUGGUAUCUCCGAAUAUCUACAACAGUAAACUCUGGGAAGCAUCAGGCCAUUGGCAACACUACAGCGAAAACAUGUUCUCUUUUGAGGCCGAGAAGGAAAUGUUUGCACUUAAGCCGAUGAACUGCCCUGGACACUGCUUGAUGUUUGCUCAUCGCCCCCGGUCCUGGAGAGAAAUGCCUCUGAGAUUUGCUGACUUUGGCGUUCUUCACCGAAACGAACUUUCAGGAACUCUCAGUGGUUUGACUCGUGUUAGGCGCUUCCAGCAGGAUGAUGCCCAUAUCUUUUGUACAAUGGAGCAGAUUGAAGAAGAAAUGAAAGGCUGCCUGAAUUUCUUGCAGUCUGUUUAUGCCGUGUUUGGUUUUACCUUUCAACUACAUCUUUCCACAAGACCCGAAAACUUCCUAGGAGAAAAGGAAAUCUGGGACCAGGCGGAAAAGCAACUCCAAAACAGCCUGGAUGACUUUGGAGAGCCCUGGAAGCUAAAUCCAGGAGAUGGAGCAUUUUAUGGUCCCAAGAUUGAUAUUAACAUCAGAGAUGCUAUUGGCAGAUAUCAUCAGUGUGCUACUAUCCAGCUCGAUUUCCAGCUACCUAUCAGAUUUAAUCUUACUUAUGUAGGUAAAGAUGGAGAUGACAAGAAAAGGCCAGUGAUCAUCCAUAGAGCUAUUCUGGGCUCGGUGGAGAGAAUGAUAGCUAUUCUAACAGAAAACUAUGGUGGAAAAUGGCCUUUUUGGCUGUCCCCUCGGCAAGUCAUGGUGGUUCCUGUCAGACCUACUUGUGAAGAAUAUGCACAGCAGGUCUGCAGUGACUCUUUUGAAGCUGGAUUCAUGGCUGAUGUUGAUCUAGAUCAGAGCUGUACAUUAAACAAGAAAAUAAGAAAUGCACAACUGGCUCAGUACAAUUUUAUUUUUGUGGUUGGAGAAAAAGAAAAAGCCAGUAGUGCUGUGAAUGUCCGCACAAGAGACAACAAGGUCCAUGGAGAACUCUCUGUCAUUUCUGCCAUUGAAAAACUAAAGAAGUUGAAAGCAUCACGUACUCUGCAUGCAGAAGAAGAAUUCUAGUGAUUGGGAGGGCCCUCCAAGAGGAAGAUUUGGUCUGAUCCUAAACUUGCAGACUUAGAAGGAAGACUCAUUGAGUCCUGAAGGACUUGCAUCUUGUGUCUAGUCUGCAUAGGAUUUCAGCCUUGGAUCAGGGCAAGAGUCUUAUGCUUUUGGAACAUCUGGAAAGACCCAAAUAGGGCUGCUGCAGAUUCUUUUGGGAUAGUGUGAGGAACAAAAGGAACAUGGUUAGACCCCUCUAGUGAUUAUAGGUAGCUGACUGUGUUUUUGUAAAACAACCUGCAAAAUUCAUUAGAAAGUGGAUGUGUGGUAGAGCACCACCUUUCUUCUGCAAUGUAAGUGAAUACCUCAGAAAGUGUGUGAGUACUCUUGCUGCUGCUGCUUGCUGAGGAAAGCAAAAUGCCCUCAAAUCAUGACUCCUUUGUGCAUGUAUGCCAAGGCAUCUGAGCCUCAUCUUCGUUGUGAAUAACCUCAUUUGUUUGUGUUGGGCCACCCCAACCCAUACUCUUUGUCUGUCAUAGAUGCCUUGCUAUGUUUGAAUGUCUUGGCAGCAAGGUCACCCUCAGAGUGACUCCUUCUAGGAAGCUGCUAGCUCUUUUGACGAGGUCUGAUUGUACAUUGGCCUCCCUGAAUGGCUGUGCUGUGAAUGGAAAACCUCCAGAUUCAGUCUUGUCACUGUGGGGCUACAGUCCACCAGGCAGUUCCACAGGAGCCACAUUGAAAUGGACAGGAGCCCUUGAUGCUCUUGUGAUGCUGUGCCUGUUCAUUUCAGUGAGGCUUACAUAGGGGAGCAUCCUGGUGGAUCAUGCCUCCAACCCACCUAUUUAUUAUAAAAAGGAAAGCUGUGACAUUUGAAUUGGAGCGUUUAAUCAGAUAAUCCCACAGACAAGCUCCAGAUCCAAAGUCUUUAAAUCAAGUUACAGUGUAAUACAUGUGUUUGCCUCUUAAGAGUGAAUAAAAUGUCAACAUGUUAGCUGAA